UAUUUGAUCAUGCGGCAAACGCGUGAAAGUCUCAAUGACGUAGCUUGGGCGUUUCCAAAACAAAAAAAAUAUGAUGGAUUGAUUAUAGAGCAUAUAUACAGCAUCCAUUUGGCUUGUCUUCACUUUACCGUCGGACAAUCUUCGAAGUAAAAUCGCCCGUCUUGCUGAACGAGAUAUCUUGGAAAUUUGGACGAAAAUGGCAGCAAAGCAAUUUCUCUACGCAUCUGUCGUUCUAUCAUCUAUUCUACUUGUUUCGGAGUCGGCCUCCAUUGAUUACGAAGAAUUUGCGAAGCUCGUCACAAACUAUGCCGCCAUUUUCGUGGCACGGGAAUUACCAGAUGCUGCGAAAUUAUACAUUGAGAAUAAAGUAUUGCAUGAUGUGGAUCCGGAAAAUUCUUUAUUAUUUGACGCCGCACUUAUUAACUUAAUAGCCAGCGACAUCUCCCCCCGUGACAAGAUUAUUGCUUAUUAUGCGCAACAUGAAUUAGAUUCCGGUAAAUAUUCGUCGUCUUCCACACUUCACUUGAUUAAUAUGGAAUUACUCAACAUUGACCUCCAUAGUAAAUACAAGUGGGAAAUGUUUAGAGAUACACUGGCCUUGCAGUAAACUAUAUGAAACUUGUGUUUAAAAUCGAAUCAUCUUAAUUUUUAUUUGCAAAUAUGUUGGCAUAAGCUGAAAAUAAA